AUGGGUUCUUCUAACAAUAAUGUCUUUAUUGGUCUUUUCAUAUGUGUUUCUCUUGCACAUAUUACAAUCUUCACUUCUGCGAAGGUGUAUGUUGUGUAUAUGGGUGGCAAUGACAGUGAUGACCCAGAUGAGAUUUUGAUGAAAAACCAUCAAAUGCUUGCUUCUGUUCAUAGUGGAAGUGUUGAAGAAGCACAUGCAUCUCACUUGUAUACUUAUAAACAUGGGUUCAGAGGUUUUGCAGCCAAGUUAACAGAUGAUCAAGCUCUUCAAAUUGCUGAGAUGCCAGGGGUAGUUUCGGUAUUUGAGAACAAAAUAAGGAGGUUGCAUACAACACAUUCAUGGGAUUUCAUUGGUCUUGCUGGGGAAGAAACCAUGGAAAUUCCAGGUUUUUCAACCAAAGAUCAAGUUAAUGUCAUCAUUGGUUUCAUUGACACAGGAAUUUGGCCGGAAUCCGCGAGUUUUAGCGAUACCGACAUGCCUCCGGUGCCAGCUGGCUGGAGAGGAAAAUGCCAAUCUGGGGAAGCAUUCAAUAUCACUCACUGUAACAGGAAACUGAUAGGUGCAAGAUAUUAUCUAAGUGGCUAUGAAGCCGAAAAACAAGAAAAACUUGAAAAUGGGGAAGUGGAAUACAAUGAUGAUCCGAAGAAUAAACGAUCGUUUCAAUCUCCACGAGAUAGUAAUGGGCAUGGGACCCACACGGCAUCCACGGCUGCUGGGCGGUACGUGAUGGACAUGAACUACAAGGGGUUGGCCCGUGGUGGUGCAAGAGGCGGUGCACCGAUGGCUAGAGUCGCGGUCUACAAGACUUGUUGGGAUUCGGGUUGUUACGAUGCUGACAUUCUAGCGGCGUUUGAUGAUGCGGUUAGAGAUGGGGUCCACAUUGUGUCGCUAUCACUCGGCCCUGAUGCUCCUCAGGGCGAUUACUUUAGUGACGCCAUUUCCAUCGGCUCGUUUCAUGCGGUUAGCCGUGGAAUAACGGUUGUUUCUUCGGUUGGUAACGAAGGGACGAAGGGGGCUGCCACAAAUCUCGCACCGUGGAUGAUAACGGUUGCAGCUACAUCCAUCGAUAGAGAGUUUACGGCUAACGUUGUGUUAGGAAACGGCGUUGAACUGAAGGGUGAAAGUCUAAGUGUUCUUCAAAUGAGAUCUUCUGCAAGAAUCAUAUCUGCUUCAAUAGCAAAUGGGGGUUACUUCACUCCCUAUCAAUCCAGUUAUUGCUUAGAAAGCUCGUUAAAUUACACGAAAACAAGAGGGAAGGUGUUGUUAUGCCGACACGCAGAGCGUUCAUCGGAGUCGAAGGUGACCAAGAGCGAGAUCGUCAAAGCAGCCGGUGGAGUCGGAAUGAUUCUCGUGGACGAAAACGUCGACGUCGCAAUCCCGUUUGCGAUCCCGGCUGCGAUCGUCGGGAGAAAAGUAGGAAACCGGAUUUUAUCGUACAUUAACAACACACGGAGGCCAACGUCACAGAUUUUCUCGUCCGAGGCCGUAUUAGGAUCUCAACCGGCUCCUCGUGUAUCAUCGUUCUCAUCUAAAGGUCCUAACGGAUUAACCCCGGAAAUCUUAAAGCCCGAUGUUGCAGCUCCCGGGUUGAAUAUACUUGCGGCAUGGUCCCCCGCGAUCGGGCAAAUGAAGUACAACAUUCUUUCAGGCACUUCCAUGGCUUGUCCACAUGUAACUGGAAUUGUAGCCUUGAUCAAAGCUGUUCAUCCUUCAUGGUCUCCUUCUGCAGUUAAAUCUGCUAUCAUGACAACCGCUUCGAUUUUCGACAAGAGUGGGAAACCGAUGCGGGUUGACCCUGAAGGACGAAGAGGGAAUGCCUUUGACUAUGGCUCCGGUUUUGUGGAUCCCACAACCGUCCUAGAUCCUGGGCUAGUCUACGAUGCAACAGCCAUCGACUACAAAGCCUUUCUUUGCUCAAUCGGCUACGACGAAAAAUCACUACGACUCAUCACCCGAGACCAAACCACUUGUGAAAACCAACCGUUCACAACACCUUCGAGCCUCAACUAUCCGUCCAUUGUCGUUCCCAACCUCAAAACGCGGUUUUCCGUCACUAGAACCUUGACUUUUGUCGGAAACCCGGAACAAAGAACGGUUUAUGAAGCCGUGGUGGCUCAGCCACGUGGGGUUGAGGUCGAUAUUUCCCCAAGGAGACUAGUGUUCGACCGGUACGGUCAGACAAUGAACUUCACCGCCAGUUUUAAACCAACGGCACCGUCUCUUGGUUACGUGUUCGGUUAUUUACAAUGGAAGAACGGGAAGUCGCGGGUGACCACACCGCUGGUGGUUCGAAUUGAUCCUUCUGAUCUCGGCUCGGGUAUGUAACCGGAGGAAAAAGAAAAAUCUUCCUUUUACCGUCCCUCCAAUAAGACUUGGACACGUCAUCUGAUCAUUAAAUUUGAAAUAUGCAACCCCAUAAUCAUGACACAUGUCGAAAUUUAAUUGGAACGAAGAUUAGGAUAGUAAAACAGGUUUAGAAGAAGAUAUACAUAUUUGUUUUCUUUGUUAUGU